AUGGAUAGCACAGAAAUUUUUGGAGGAAAAGUAAUUGUUUUUGGAGGAGAUUUUCGUCAAGUGUUACCUGUUGUUCCUCAUGGUACAAGAGCAGAAACAGUUAAUGUUAGUUUUGCAAAGUCUUAUUUGUGGAGUAAGAUAGAAAAAUUGAAAUUGACAAGAAAUAUGAGAGCAAGAUUAGAUGAUGGCUUCAGUGGGUUUUUGCUUCGAGCAGGAAAUGGCGUUGAACCUACAAUAAGUGAAAGCAGAAUUUUCUAUAGUUUUGAUAAAGCAGAAGAUGAAAAUAAUAAUUGCUAUGAAGAGGAGUUUUUGAAUACACUCUCACCAAAUGGACUUCCACACCAUAAGUUGGAACUCAAAGUGAAUUGCCCAAUUAUGCUGCCAGGAAAUUUGAAUCCUUCGAUCGGGUUGUGCAAUGGGACAAGGAUGGUCUGUAAAGGAUUUGACAAAAAUGUCAUAUAUGCAGAAAUUACAACUGGACAACAUACAGGUGAAAAAGUUCUUCUGCCAAGAAUUCCUCUUAAACCAACAGAAGAUAAAGAUUAUCCAUUUAAAUUCAUACGCAAACAAUUUCCAAUACGACUUUGUUUUGCGAUGACAGUGAAUAAAGCACAAGGGCAAACGAUACCACAUGUUGGAGUUUAUCUGCCUAAUCAUGUUUUUUCACAUGGUCAAUUGUAUGUUGCAUUAUCUAGAGGAAUCUCAAUGGCUACAACAAAAGUUUUAGUCAAAACUGAGAAUUCUAUAAAAGAAAAUGAGACAUACACAAAAAAUGUGGUUUACAAGGAAGUUUUACUUUCAGAAACAUAA